UCCGAUACUCGUUCUCGCGGCCGCAGAUAGUCUCGUACUUCAUGACGUGUCAUGGCAGCCCUCGAGAUGUGAUACGAGUUUGACUCGCGACAACGUUUCGCGCAAUUCCACGCAGCGAGAGCAAGCGAGAGAUAAAAAGAAACCCGAAGACGUGCGUGGCAUAUGAUGCGAUCGGGUGCUUUCAUGUAGGAGAAUACGUUUCACGGAAAAAACACGAGCGGUACGACAAACGUUUAUAAAAAGACCUGGUGAUUGUGAUGACAACAGCGAUGGGAACGAUGACGGUGAUUUUCUACACGCUGUGCGCGUUCCACGGCGUUGUGGCGUUCUAUUUACCUGGUCUGGCGCCCGUGAAUUAUUGUAAGGUCGGCGAGACCACACCAACCUGCAAGUCGGACAUCAAACUAUAUGUGAAUCGUUUAAACACUGAGAAAUAUGUCAUACCUUACGAAUAUAGUCAUUUUGACUUUUGCACGGCAGAAGAGGGACAGUCCCCAGUUGAGAACUUAGGACAGGUUGUUUUUGGAGAACGCAUACGUCCUUCUCCUUACAAGUUGGACUUCUUAAAAGAUGUCAAGUGUGCUACUGUUUGCACAAAAUUGUACACGUCAAGUGAUGAAAAUUCAGAGAAAAAGUUACAGUUAUUAAGAAAAGCAAUAGCAGUCAAUUAUCAACAUCAUUGGAUAGUUGAUAAUAUGCCAGUAACAUGGUGUUAUCAGUUAGAAGAUGAACGACAAUAUUGUAGCACUGGCUUCCCUAUGGGCUGUUAUUCAAAAGAAUCCAGAUCUCAGCAAGAUACUUGUACUAUACAUGGUCCGUACAACAAACCAAAAACUUACUAUUUAUUUAAUCAUGUGAAUCUUACUAUAACUUAUCAUAGUGGUGGUUCAGAGGAAUGGGGAUCGUCCUUUAAGGAAAACGGUGGUCGUAUCAUAUCUGUAAAAGUAGUACCUCGCAGUAUUAAGCAUACUAGCCAAAUUGAUUGUGAAAGUCAAAUACCAUUGGAGAUACCAUCCAGUGAGCAGCCAUCUGCACAGACGUUCCAAGUAAUAUAUACAUAUUCUGUUAAAUUUGUGAAAAAUAACACGAUUAAAUGGUCAUCUAGGUGGGAUUACAUUUUAGAAUCGAUGCCACAUUCGAAUAUUCAGUGGUUCAGUAUUCUUAAUUCGCUGAUAAUCGUUCUAUUCCUCUCUGGAAUGGUAGCUAUGAUAAUGCUUCGUACUCUGCACAAAGACAUCGCACGAUAUAACCAGGCCUACUUCCAGAUAGAAUCAGGAGAAGAUGCACAAGAGGAAUUUGGAUGGAAAUUGGUACACGGCGAUGUAUUCCGCCCUCCGCGCAAAGGAAUGUUGCUUUCGGUUUUGCUAGGAUCCGGUAUUCAAGUGUUCUUCAUGACGCUGGUUACAUUAGCAUUCGCUUGUCUGGGUUUCCUUUCGCCUGCUAAUAGAGGUGCACUAAUGACUUGCGCGAUGGUGUUGUACGUUUGUCUGGGAACCACGGCGGGAUACGUGGCCGCUCGAAUAUACAAAAGUUUUGGAGGAGAGAAAUGGAAGUCCAACGUGUUACUCACAUCUAUGCUUAGCCCCGGAAUUGUAUUUAGUUUAUUCUUCAUAAUGAAUCUGAUAUUUUGGGCAAACGGAAGUUCGGCCGCAGUACCUUUCAGCACUUUAAUCGCUCUUUUGGCAUUGUGGUUUGGAGUAUCCGUACCGUUAACAUUUAUCGGUGCUUACUUGGGCUUCAAAAAAAGGGCUGUGGAGCACCCGGUACGAACAAAUCAAAUUCCUCGACAAAUACCAGAGCAGAAUUUUUACACACAACCAAUACCUGGCGUCAUCAUGGGUGGUGUCCUGCCAUUCGGUUGCAUAUUUAUUCAAUUAUUCUUCAUACUUAAUUCUCUUUGGUCAAGCCAAGUGUAUUACAUGUUCGGAUUUCUCUUCUUGGUUUUUCUCAUACUCGUCAUCACGUGUUCUGAAACGACAAUUCUGCUCUGUUAUUUCCAUCUUUGCGCUGAGGAUUAUCACUGGUGGUGGCGCAGCUUUCUUACAUCUGGCUUUACUGCUGUCUACUUGUUAAUCUAUUGUAUACAUUUCUUCGUCACUAAGUUAGAAAUUGAAGGUGCCACCUCUACGUUCCUGUAUUUUGGAUAUACGUUCAUUAUGGUUUACUUAUUCUUCCUUUUGACAGGUUCCAUUGGUUUCUUUGCCUGUUUUUGGUUUGUGCGCAAGAUUUAUAGUGUUGUGAAGGUUGAUUAAAUAAAACUGAUGAUGAGAACAAUGCUUGUAUGAUGAAUGUAAUAUGAUGAGUGAAACCAAUCGUAAUGAGAAUGAGUGAUAGUCGAUAUUGUGUAAACCCGCGUUAAAAAGAUAAAGGAGAAAAAAUCCGUAUAAUAAUAAGCAAAUUAUAGCGCAUCUUCACGUCGUUAUUGUUGAGAUACAUCGUUGCAAGUAUCGUCAUAAAUAAUAAAUAGUUUAUUUUAUUAACGCGAAAAAGGUUUAGUUUUCAAAGAGUGGACGUCGAUAUCGUUAUCGACUAUCUGACAUUCUUCGAAAAGUAUUUUCUCGAAUAAACGUCUAACAUACAUAAUGUAUAUUAAACGAUGUAUGUUUUAGAUGUUUGCGAAAAUCUGUAUAAGCGUCUUGUUUUAUUUUUUUCCUUUACUCUCAAAAUGCUUCACUUACAUCACAAAAGCAUUAUGUGGUAUACAACCAUGAUACGUUUCAGAUCGAAUUUUCAAUGUGUCACAUGAAAUCGAUUCUGGUCAAAUUACUUAUUGUUUAUUCAUUUAUUUAUUAUUGGCAUUAUUGUGAAAAGGAAUUUUUAAUAAAACGGAAAAUAUUAAACGUGUGCACGCGUGCAUAAUGACAUAGAAGUACAAUUCGAUUCUAAUUGCGAAACGCACGUGUCAUCCAUGUUUUUUAAAUUAUAAAUUAAAUACACAAGUAAUAAAAAUGUACAAAUUGAGAACUUAACA